AUGAAGCUCACCUUCUCGACUCUGACUUUGCUUUUCCUGUUUGCGUCUCCCUACCUUGCCUUUCCUACCAACCCUUCGACCGCUAACGCCCACACUUCUGAGGGCGCUCCUAAAGUUGCCGGUGACACCAACAAUCACGGCAAAAGGACUGCUGCUGGUGGUGGUGUCAAAACCGUCAAUGCUAGUGACGGACUCAACACUGAUGGACAUGGCCUGAACGCUACAGCCGCAGAUGCGGCCAAAACAGUCCAUGAAACCACACCCGUCGCCAAAGACGCUACGGCGGGGGAGAUGCUCUAUUUCUUCCCCGUCUCGGCCCCCAUCGCUGAAGAUAUUUCUGCCGCGGUUGACAUGGACACAUCCAAUCUGUACGGCACAGGUUACAACACCAAUCCCAAGUCCGACGCCAACACCGACGUUAACAGCGCUAAUGGUCCCGCGGCCGACAAUGCCAAAGCAACCGCCACAGAGACAGACCACACCAUCCGUCCUCCCAUGGGGCCAAUGGGCAUGGGAAUGGGAAUGGCCCCCAUGGACAUGGGAAUGGGCAUGCCAAUGAUGGGUAUGGGCAUGGCCCCUAUGGCAAUGGGAAUGGGAAUGCGUCCUGGCAUGAUGGGCAUGGGCAUGCCGAUGCCGGUGAUGAUGCCGGGGUUGAGCCCCUUGCCGGGAAUGGCGAUGCCUGUUCCUGUGGACCCGGUUCCCGCGCCAGCGCCGGUUGUGCCGGCCGGAACUGUCCCGCCGGCGGGGGGUGUGCCGGCUGCGGUUAGGCCGGUCAACGCGAGGGGUUGGGUUGAGGUUGACACUGAAGAGAAGUUCGGAGGAGGUGGAGGCAGGUAUGGCAAGCGUGAUGCUACUUCUUCGGAGAAAGAGGGACAUGCCCCUACCCCUGAUGCGGGCUUUAAUUGGGUUGGUGAAACUGAAGGAGUGAACAAGGAGUACGCCAAGCGCCAGAUGGGUGGCAUGGCCGGUAUGAGAGGUGGUUAUCCCGGGACUGGAUAUGGCGGAGGAUAUUAUGUCUAUGGAUAUCCGCGGUAUGGAGGGUAUGCUAUUGGGUAUGGACGUGGUGGGUAUGGAGGAGUCGGAUAUGGUGCUGGUGGAUAUGGACGGGGUACGGGAGGGUAUGCUGGUGGCAUGGGCGGUAUUGGAGGAGGUGGUAUGGGCGGUGGUAUGGGCGGCAUGGGUGGCAUGGGUGGCGGUGGUGGUAUGGGAGGAGGAGGUGGUGGGGGAGGAGGCUUCUAA